AUGGUUGCCCAAUCAGACAAGCGCCUUAUCUGGCAUCCUCGCGGCCAGAACAAGUUCAUAGUGGGCGGGAGCACUCAAAUCACGUUGUACGAAUGGAUCCCCCAGUCCACGGAGAUCAAACAGGUUGCGUCGCAGUCAGAGUUGAACCAGAUGAAGUGCUUUGCAUGGUCUCCAGAUCCUAUCCUCGACGAUCUUGUCGCGGUCGGAUUCAGCAACGGGCGUGUAGAACUUGUGCGCUUUGAAGCAUCGAAACAUGCCCGCAACAGUGCUGCCGUAUCUUUGCCUCCCGCUCGGAAUACUCGUGCUUGCAAUACUCUCGGCUUCUCUCCCGCUAAUCCCAACUCUCUUGCCGUCGGUCUCGAUAAGGUCCGUAAUGAUCCUAGCCUUGUGAUAUGGGAUAUCCAUUCUGCGCUGCCGGCCCUCUCUCUUUUCGACACCGGCUCUCAUGGAGAUAUUGACGGAGAUGACUCCACCAUCCUUUCGCGCGGUGAUGAUCAUACUCGUACGAGCUCUGACCCUCGACCAGUCCAACACUACGCGUCUGCGGAGGUUGUCUCAACCCUUUCCUGGCUUCCCCAGAACCCCCAGUUGCUACUUGCUGGUAUAUCUCACCGGUGGCUUCAGCUUUUUGACACACGCACGACCGCAUCUCCAGCUAAGGCCGCCAGCAAAGUGCACGGCAUUGCGACGGAUCCAUUCGACGCCCAUCGCGUCGCGUGUUACAGCGAAGGAAUUGUCUCCAUCUGGGAUAUCCGACGUUUCACGCAGCCUAUCUUGACAUUCACGUCCAAGGAUGCCUCUGCAGACGGCGCGGAUGGAGUGGUCGCAGCUCACUCCAGCUCGCGCGGGAAGGGAGCGCCUUCCUCGUCUUCCGCCGUGGUACCUUUGGCACACGUCGAGUUCUCCUCGACACGUAGGGGUACUUUGGCUACACUGGAGCGCGAAGCCAGCCAUGUCCGAUUUUGGGACAUCCAUCAAGCGCAGUACUUCGAGCUUAGCGUCGAAAGCAAUCGGUCGCGCGAUUCGUCGCAGUCUGGCGGAAAGGCGACCAGGACUUCUUGGGUAAAGCCUUGGGCGGGCGGAGGUUCCACUGCCACUCGGCCUUCGUCACCGCCGGUCCCGGUGCCCGGAGAAUUCUCCCAAUACCACCUCGUUCUUGCGGAUACGCGCAGAACGAAGACAUUCUCUCACCCAUUCACCUCGUUCGCUCUUGUCCCGAGCCCGAAGCCACACCCUCUAACGUCCAACGUCAUGCUCGUAAAUAGAGAUGGAGAUCUCGAGCUUUACGCUGUACAUGAUACCCCCAUUCAUCCUCCAUGGAGUUCGCGAGGCGACCUCGCGCUUGGCAUUGGCUGCUCGUACACAGUCAUCCCCGGCAUCACGGAUCCCACACCUCCUCGUGAGCCCUGGGAACUGCUUGCCGCUCGCCCUUCUCGUCCCGGAUCCCGCGCGUACUCACUCGAGCGAGCGGCGGACUCGACGUUUCACAUGGGGGCGGUGGGUGACUCCCCAGCGAUGUUCGGAAGGGGCGACGAGGAUGGCUUUCCAGCGCUGACUCCAAAUGCAGCGAGUGUGUCAAGGGGACAUUCUCCUGGAAAGCAACGCUUCCGCCAUCUAACUGCAGAGAGCGCAUUGGCUGUGCAGGAGCUCCCCUUCGAGCACACCGCUGUUGUCCGAGGGCAGCCGCCUAAGCGCUCUCGCCGGGGAGGGGACCACGAUGUGGAACGUGGGCGCAGUGUGCCUCCGACUACACCCAAGACUGUUACGUUGGCGUUGGACGAUGGUGAGGGAAAGGGAAGGAUUGCGAAGAAAUCUCAUGCUGUGAAGGCCCUGCAGCAUGUUGUAGAAUCCGACAUCUCCAUGUUGAUGCGUAAACGAGCAGCCUUCGCAUAUGGCCUGAUAGACCCUGUGUACAACUCGUCCAUUGCCAACACGACGAAUCCGCACAACCCAAGCCUAUCUGAGCUAUGGUCAUGGAUCCAACACUCGCAGCGUCUCGUGUUCUCCCCGUCACCUAUCAUCGAGGGGUACAACUUUGCCUACCAAGGUCUUAUUGGAAUAUGGGAGGGCUUCCGCCCCAUCCGACCCUCUCCUCCGUCCGGCCAACCCACACCUCGUAUGCCCGCCCGCAGCGCUCUCUUCGACGGGCCUAGCGCUUCGCCGCUUCUCAUCCCUUCCAGUUUAGAGUUACCACCCCGUCCCAGCUCGAAACACACAAGUCGGAGGCGGAAUCAGGUAUCGACCUCUUCUCUACCCGAGGACUUCUUGAAUGCGAUCGACGAGCUGAACAUGAGGAGUGGGAGCUCGGAGACAUGGAAACCUUCGGUCUCGACCGCGCGGCUGUCGCAGAGACGAUUUGCGUUGCAGCUGUGCGGAUGGAGCCUGGCGCAGGACGACCUGGCACGGGCGAUCCAGAAGUGGGAGAAGGAAGGGAAAUACUCGCAAGCUGCAUGCUGGCUAGUGUUCACCGAACAGAAUAAGCCGGCCAUCGAGACGUUGAUGCGGAGCAAAGACGAAUCCCUCCACAUGAUGUCGGGCAUGCUUGCUGCUUUGACCGCGAGCCCGUCCCGCAACGCGGAGCUAGUGCAGCAUUGCGAGCGCCUCAUUGUGCGGCUACAGGAUCCAUAUCUCCGCGCCCUUCUGACUCAUCUCACUGUACGCGACUGGAGCGAAGUCCUAGAAGAGGAUUCACUGCCUCUUCGCGAACGUCUCGCCAUCGCUUUCCAGUUCUUGGAUGACAAGGAGGUGUCAUCAUUCUUGCGCCGUACCGCAGAUCGUGCCAUCCACGACGGCGACAUUCACGGAGUCUUCAUAACCGGAUUGACCGUCGCCGGAAUAGAGCUACUGCAAGCUUACAUCGACAGUUCUGGGGACGUACAGACUGCGGCCCUCGUUGCGGCCCUGUCACCUACACUUGCGCGGGAGUCUCGAGCCACACGAUGGAUGAACGCCUACAGAGACAUGCUCGACGGCUGGCGAUUGUUCCACCAUCGUUGUCACCUCGACAUUGAGCGAGGAAAGAUCUUGAAGGAGGCGGUCGAAUACGGGGAAAUCCAGUCGUUCGACUGGGCUCCGAAACAGGUAUUGCUUCGUUGUAACUAUUGCAACAAACCGAUUGAGGCGCCAUUCUCUUCCGAAGCGAAUCCCAGAGCGACUCUGUGUCCGAACUGCAGUAGACCAUUACCGCGUUGCUCUAUUUGUCUUAUGACACUGAAUCUAGCCCCGGAUACUGGCCGCGGAAGCACUCUAUCCGCCAUCCCGUCUGAUACUCUACAAGAGGCGCUUGUAUUCUGUCAGACGUGUCGACAUGGCGGUCAUGCGUCACAUAUCCUGGAAUGGUUUUACGGUGAAGGCGGGGCGGCUUCUCGUGCUCACGGCACUUGCCCUAUCGCGGGUUGCGAAUGCCAUUGCGGCAACGAGCUGUGA